AUGCCGUCCAAAUACUCCGAACUCGGUAAGCCGACGAAAGAAUGGGAAGAAUUUUACGCGAACCACUUCGACGAUGUCCCGGUCCUUGUUGGCACGCCCGAGCACAUGCGAAAGAUUAUGGUGGAGCUGAAGAAGCGAGCCCAAGCCCAGGUCCCACCCAUCACUGAAGGGUUAAAGGUCAGAGACGAGCAGAUACCGACAUCCGACGGUGCCUCUAUAGCCCUGAGGAUUUAUCAGCCAACAUCGGGGGAGAAUCCAAAGCCGGCUGUCUUCUACAUCCACGGAGGAGGCUGGACCCUGGGCGAUCUCGAGGGCGAGGAUUUGACGUGUCGGGCAAUGUGUGUGAGGGCAGGAGUAGUGGUUGUCAGCGUCGACUACAGGCUUGCUCCAGAGUACCCGUUCCCACGAGGCACCGAGGAUUCUUGGGAGGCAUUGAAAUGGACGAUAGACAAUCACGGCAAUCUGGGAAUCGACGUGAACAAUAUCAUCAUUGGAGGAAGCAGUUCAGGGGCCCACACAACUGCUGUCCUUUCCCACCGCGUCAAGGAUGGGCAGCUCCCUAUCAAAGGCUCGAUCAUGCGCAUCCCGUCCGUCUGCCACAUCGAUUGCUACCCGCCGGAACUGGGCCUCCACAGCCUCGAAGAGCUCAAAGAUGCGCCGCUCCUCUCCAAGCGCUCGAUGGAACUGUUCUACGGCUACCUGAACCCACCGGACCCGUCGAACCCAGAGGCGUCUCCUCUCCUGAAUCCGACGUUCAAGGGCCAUCCCCCUACCUACAUGCAGGUAGCAGGGAUGGACCCAUUACGUGACGAGGGUCUGGCGUACGCAGACAAGCUCCGGGCAGCUGGCGUCCCGGUCAAGCUCGAUGUGUAUCCGGGUCUUCCACAUGCUUUUGGGUAUUUCCCCAAGCUCACGGCGGCGAGGAAGAACGCCGAAGACCUGAUCGCUGGGAUCAAGUGGCUUCUCGGAGGUGCUCAAUAG